AUGGGUGUGAAGGAGUUCCUCAAGACUCGCUCCGGCCUGCGUGUCGAUAAUAGCAAGACCACACGAGCGGCCACUCUCACUUUGAGACAGAGUCUGUAUCCGCUCGGCUUGGUGACUAUUCUAUUCUUUCUUUGGGGCUUUGCUUACGGUCUCCUCGACACCCUCAACAAGCACUUCCAGAAUACUCUGCACAUUACGCGUGGGAGAUCCGCCGGACUUCAGGCGGCUUAUUUCGGCGCAUACCCCCUUGCUUCACUAGGCUACGCGAAUUGGAUCCUACGACACUAUGGCUACAAGACGGUCUUCAUCUUCGGCCUUACCCUCUAUGGCAUCGGUGCCUUGUGCAUGUGGCCUGCUGGCCUGAAUCAAUCUUUCGGUGGAUUCUGCGGUGCUACGUUUGUUAUCGGAUCUGGGUUGGGAUCGCUGGAGACGGCGGCAAAUCCGUACUUGACAGUUUGCGGUCCACCCCGCUACUCCGAAAUCCGAAUAAACUUCGCCCAGGCUUUCAACGCAAUCGGAACGGUUGUCGGUCCCGUUCUUGGCUCCUACGCCUUCUUCACCGAGACAGAGGACGACGUCACGGCCCUCCAGCGCGUACAAUGGGUCUAUCUCGCGAUCGGAAUCUUCGUCUUCUGUCUCGCCUUUGUCUUUUUUCUUUCAAAUAUCCCCGAGGUCACCGAUGAAGACAUGGCGUUUCAAGUUGCGGAGACGCAUGUCGAUGAGCAGAAUAGGCCCUUCUGGAAGCAGUAUAAGCUUUUCCACGCAACACUAGCUCAAUUUACGUAUACUGGUGCGCAGGGUAGGUUUCUCCACGUGGACCCUUCCGCAGACUUGGUCCCUCUUACUAACUUGACACAUACAGUCGCAAUUGCGGGCUACUUCAUCAACUAUGUAACAGACACAUGGCCGCCAUCCGACAGCGCAAAGGGCGCAAAGCUCCUAGCCGGCGCCCAGGGCGCCUUUGCUGUCGGUCGAUUCCUAGGCUCCGGACUGAUGAAAUAUACCAGGGCUCGCUGGGUCUUUUUGGUUUAUUUAUCUUGCUGCGUAGCGUUCCUCGCCGCGUCCAUCACGCAGCGGGAGCAGAAGGGUGUCGCGAUGCUUUUUAUGACCCUCUUCUUCGAGUCGGUCUGUUUCCCCACGAUUGUUGCCCUGGGUAUUCGUGGUUUGGGCCGUCAUUACAAGCGAGGUUCUGGAUUUAUUGUUGGUGGUGUUUGUGGUGGUGCGGUUGUUCCGCCAAUUUUGGGGCAUGUUGCGGAUAUGAGGAAUGAUACUGGGUUUGCGAUGAUUGUGCCCACUAUGUUUAUGGUUAUUGCCUGGACGUAUGCGGUUGCGGUCAACUUCUCGCCUACCUAUAGGGACACGGUGGAUAAAGUUGGGGAGAGUACUGUGGGCUUGCAAAAUGAAGCCGUUGAUGAGGAGAAGGUUGAUGUUGGGAUGAAUCCGGAGACAAAGGAUGUGCCAGAUCAUCAUAACUAG